UGAUGUUUCACCCUGAAGCUCAAAUGAAGCACAGAGACUGCUGUCGUGGACUGCUUACUCCACGUGUGAUCGGGGUCUACGAAAUACAGAGUUUUGCCUCGAACUGCAUCAGGAACUUGGAGGAACUGAAUCUACCGACGCUGCCUUCGUAGUGUCGCCCCUAAACCUGGUAGCCCGCUGUGUGCUCUAAACAACGCGUACCGGAGUUUCACACGUUGCCGCUACAGAUAUCCGACUGCUGUCUCAGCAGUUUCACAUAGCGCACACAACUCGUUUCUCAAAUGCAGUAGCGGCAGGUAGGCAGACGGCGAAACAAAGAAACAUCGUUGCCUCUAAGCACGGGUGAACACAGUAACACUUUCCGGUCAGCGACGGAACUCCCAAGUUACGGAUCGACCACCUUCUACAGUGGGGCUUCUCCACAGGAUCCAGCAACGAUGAGGCAAAAAAUGACGUUUUCCGUUUGGGUUUACAGUGGUGAGAUAGUGAGAGAGGCGUGUGUCAACUGAUGACGGUUUCGCAUAAUGGCGUGUUCGCGCUACAGACUUUGAACAUGUACGCUAAGGACAUCCGGCGCCUGGCUUAACGGUUGUGAGAAAACCCCGCAGUCUCCACAAACACACUUUCCUUUGUCCCUGCCAGGAUUUGCAACGUAUGCGUAACCCAUUGGAGCGUGUACCUCUCCACGGUCUACUUUUUCGGACCGCUUGUUCCUUGGAAAACACACAUGCGGCAGUAACCGCAGCCGCUUGCUGCUGGACUGGCCCCGACUGGUCCCGCCGUUUCUGCACACCGUGCAAAGGGGUCGUUCUUACUUUGAAAACUAGAAAAAAACAGCGUUCCUCCCAUCCGUAGGCGAAAAGGAAGAUGACUGGCUCGAAACUGUUGUGGUACGGCAAAAGCAGUCUGAGAAACGGAGAAGCGAUCAACGACGGAGAGCGUGGACAGCCUACCCGGACAGACACACCUGGGCAAAAAGCACCUUUUCUUGGCCACGGUGGAAGGAGGCCUCCACACAGUUUACAGCCGUACGGUUGGCUGUUUUCGUCCCAUUUUCCAUCGGAUCGGAAAAAAGCGUUGACAACCACGUCGCUUCCUCCAAAAAACAGGCCAGGCGUCUCUCACAGACAGUCUGCAGCGUCUGUCGUCCUCCCGGGCUCUCACACUGCGAUCAACACGCGUGCAGUUGAGAGUUUCGGCCCCCACGAAAGCUUUCGCUUCCAUUUCUGCUUUUUGCGUGCUCAAGCGCACGUCUCGGCACCUCGAGAUGGUUUGCCGUCUCUGAGCGUCUUCGGCGAGACUGCCCUGCAAUACCCGUGUGUUGAGCUCGUCGUUUAUAUGGAGCAGGGUGGGAGCAAAUUGCAAGUGUGUUUAAAGGUCAGCAGGUGGGACGCGUGCGUGGCAAUAAGAGGACGAAGCGUCGUUUUUUGAAACACACAUGUGGCCGGACGGGGAGAGCGCUGGAGAGCGUUUCCUUGUUCCCGCACUAGCCUUUUUUCCUCUUUUUGGCGAAAACGCGUUCGUGACUCCUUUGUCCUUCUCUCCCGUCUCUCUGUCUCUCUCUCUCUUUCUUUCGGUCUCGUGUGCUGCCUGAGUCUCUGUUUUCUCUGCGUCGCCCCUCUCUCCCCUCGGGAUGCGAGAGACCAAGCGUGGCGCGGUACCCUGAGUUAUUAUCCCCGUCACCGGGAGCGUCCUUUCUCUCGCUUCUUGCUCGGCGUUCGCUUCUGGCCGUUCUCUUCUCUCAUGCCUUUGUUUCUGUCUUUCGUCUCGGAUUUGUAGACCGGCACAUAAUCUUCGUCACACAGCGCGUGACGCGCGUGAGCUUCCACUCAUCCCGUCGCAGACCUUCCCCCUCUCUGCCGGCCUCCUCAACUUUUGCGCGAAAGAACUCGCUUUUUCGCUGCUUCUCUGUGAAACUUGCUUGCAACCUAAAUAGUUCCUUUAAAAAGCUCGCUGCGGAUCGAAUCCCGUAUCGGAACUGUUCACAGUUGCCCUGCGCCACAGCCAGCUUCUGCGGGUCAGGACCCUUUCCUGCCCCCCACCCCGAGGUUUUGGACUUCGCCUUGUUCUCCGCGACACCCUUCUUUCUCUCUCUGCUGUCUCUCCACGUUCGCCAGUCCCAGCACCUCUGUCGUCUCGACCCGAACUUUAUCACAAUGGAGGAGAAAACAACUACUGCCCCCCCUGAGUCCUUCCGCGUCGUUCUCGCCUCUGUGACGAAUCUUCUUUAUCCUGUUGACAUCGACUUGAUCCACUACCUCUUCUCUAAAUAUGGAGAGAUUGAAAAGAUCGUCACGUUCAGCAAGUCGCCGACGAUGUACCAGGCGUUGAUCCAGUUCCAGAGCCCAGAUCAGGCGCGACAUGCGUUGAUGAAUUUGCACAGUCGGAACAUCUACGACGGCUGCAACACACUGCAGAUCCAGCCGUCUCGUCUGAACGAGCUGGUCGUCAAGAACAACACCCAGAAAAGCUGGGACUACACGGUCCAGAGCGGCGGCCCGUCGGGCUCUGUGGGCGCGACUGGGGACCUCCCGCCCCCAGGCCAGGCCCCCGGCGCGGCGGUCCCCGCGGGCGUGAACAACGGCCGGAACGUGGGCCCGGGCCCCGCGCCCCACCACCCAGGCCCGCAUGGGCCUCCGGGCCCGUACGGCGCCGGCGCGCAGCAUCCGCCGAUGGGAGGCGCGGUCGCGGGCAUCCAGCCGCCUCCGCCUGCUCACGCCAUCGGUCACCAUGCCGCGCCUGUGCACCACGGCGUCCGGCUCGGGGCAGCCGGCCCGCUGGGCAUGUCCCACCCGUACCACCCCGGCAGCAACUUGCUCCAUCUGCUCGACAAACUGCCCAGAGAACUGCGUGAAAUCGAGUCGACCAAUCCAACUCAAACCCCCGUCAUCAUUGUCUACAACCUUCCUGCUAACAUCACUGUCCAUAUGUUGUUCAACCUCUUCAGCCUGUACGGUUCCGUCCUUCGCGUGAAGAUUUUGCGCGAGAAGAGCGACACGGCUCUGAUUCAGUAUUCCGACCCGCUCUACGCUACUAUCGCCCACAACUACAUUCAGGGAGCAAAUGUGUUGGGACAGUCGCUGCAAGUCGGCUUCAGCAAGAACAUGGAAGUGAAGCUGCCGCCUCCGAACUCCCAGAAGACCGAAGCCACCGCAGAGGAGGAGAAACGCACUGUCGCUUUCUCGAUCAAAGACCAGCGAUAUGGGGGUGACGACGUCGAGAAGUACGUCAAGGGCUCCUGCCGCCCCACAAAGACCAUCUUUGUGGCGAACUUGGACGAGAAUGCCACGGACGAGGAAGUCCAGAAGCUGUUCAAGGAGCACGGCCAAGUGAGCAAAUUCACUUUCAAGGCCCCCAAGAACGAGUCUGCAAAGACGCAGAUGGCCAUGAUGGAGAUGGGCACCGAGGCCGAGGCCGUCGCUGCGGUGAUGUACCUCCACAACCACGAGCUCCACGGCCGCAGCAUGAAGGUCGCGUUCUCCAAGACUGUUCUGUAAAAUGGAGAGGAACGACGCGUGGAGAAUCGAGGAGCUGCGCCUGCCAGCAGUUUGUGUCUCGCCGUAUCGAGUCUUCGCCUGUCGAUAAACCGACCCGCUUCUUCCGGGAUCUGUCGGCCGUCGUGUGUCUUCGCCUGCGCCGAGACAUCUCGCGAACCGCCAGGCCUGAAACUGCAUGCGCCAGCUGGCCCGUGGGGCCGCUUCGCCGACUCUCUUGGAUUUGCAGAGACGCGGCGUCAGCGCCGUGUGUGACAGAGACUCACCUGAAAAGCGGGAUGACUGAGGCAGCUGGCUGUCUCCGGAGAGACACCCUCAAGGAGACAGCGUAGGGCUCGUGCAGCCCGCAGGGCGAGAGAAGGUCGGAGAACAAUGUGGGUCUCUGGUCGAAGCCUCAUGAGAACCGGAAGCGCUCUUCUGUGGCUGGGAAGGGAACUGUGUUUGCCUUGAUGAUCGACAGGCCAUGUGUUUUUGUGCAUGCGCUUCUCUACAUGUAUCGAACUGGACUCUGCUGUAAAGAUGGCUCGACUCUGCAGCUGCCGCUUCCGGCCCUCUGCAGAUGUGCAUGGCGUGCAUGUUUGCAACGGAACGUUCUGUUUUCCAGGGCGCAGAGUGGCUCCAGCGACACCGCGAAGCAGCGGUUCGCGAGGGGAGACUGGUGGAGCCUCGUUUCAUUGUGUUGCAAACCUGGCGUACAGCCCGAGAAGGAACAGGCAUUUCGAAGUGGAGGGCGAACACGAUCUGCCGCACCGCGGGGACCAGAACGACUCCACAGUGUACCUUUCACUGCAUACACGUCCGAGAUAGCUAGGCGGCAAGUCUCACCGUUUUGCCCCGAGUGUUCUACCGCUCUAAACACAAUGAAAUCGAC